UGUGUUCCCCAGCCCCGGGAGUCCCAGGUGUUCCCAUUCUGUGAUCAGCACAGAACACACACACCUCACCAUGGAGACUGUGCUGGGCUGGGUUUUCCUGGUUGCUCUUUUAAAAGGUGUCCAGUGGGACGUGCAGCUGGUGGAGUCUGGGGGAGACCUGGUGCAGCCUGGGGGCUGGGAGACGAGCGCCAGCCCCAGGAGUCCCAGGUGUUCCCAUUCUGUGAUCAGCACAGAACACACACACCUCACCAUGGAGUUUCUGCUGGGCUGGGUGUUCCUGGUUGCUCUUUUAAAAGGUGUCCAGUGUGACGUGCAGCUGGUGGAGUCUGGGGGAGACCUGGCGAAGCCUGGGGGGACCCUGAGACUCACCUGUGUGGCCUCUGGAUUCACCUUCAGUAGCUAUGGAAUGAGCUGGGUCCGCCAGGCUCCAGGGAAGGGGCUGCAGUGGGUCGCAGCAAUUAGUGGUAGUGGAGGUAGCACAGGCUACGCAGACUCCGUGAAGGGCCGAUUCACCAUCUCCAGAGACAACGCCAAGAACACGCUGUAUCUGCAGAUGAACAGCCUGAAGACCGAGGACACGUCCACAUAUUACUGUGCGAAAGACACAGUGAGGGGACAUCACUGGGAGCCCAGACACAAACCUCCCUGCAGGAGGGGAUCAGCACUACCAGGGGGCGCACAUUAUGCACAAUUCUCCUUUGUGUUCCCAGGCACAGGUGCAGAUGGAGGUUACAGGCAGGAUUCCCAGAUGCGCUCCCUGUGCAACCAGGACCACAGGAUCCCACAGCUCCUCCUUAUCCUCACCCAGCCCUUGUCCCAGUCAACCAACGUGACACUUUCUUCAUAG